UUGACGAUCAAUACAUCAAUUUGCUGGGAAGCAUAUAUGUAUUAAUUUAACAGCAAGAAAGUACAAGUCUUGUCAGAAUUAUUGAUGUCAAUUCUUUUGGUGCGCCGCUAGAUGUCUUUACAAUAACUCGGUCAUCAAUUCCAUUCAUUUUCCUCAUCCUCUCUUUAUUCAAUCUAAACUCCAAACCCUAAAGUCUAACCUCUCACCGCAUCUUGAGCUCUAUCGAUACUCAAAUCACCAAAUCAAUGGAAUCCUUGAAUAUUACAGACAAGAUGAACCCUAAUGUCAAUCAGAGAUUUGUUGUAGAGCAGACAUGUACAAACCCUAAUUGUUUCUUUUGCAUCAUGAGAGAGCCAGACCCAUCACCCAGAAGAGCCAAAAUAGCAAACUAUUUCAAGGAAAUGCCGGUCCGGGAUGACCAAGAACAUGUUCUGGUGCUGAGUGGUGUAUGGAACAUAGCCAUGAUUCAACCAAACGAUCCAGAGUUGCCUUCUCUCGGUGUCUUCAAUUGCAUGGCAAGUCUGAUUCAGAAAGGUGUCACUGAUAAAAUUUGGCUUCUUAGGGACCAAAACAUAUAUAUUCCUUAUUAUGCUGCACAUGUCAUUGGUUCUUACACCAUGAACAAGGUUGAGUUUGCUGAAAAGGCUGUGGAAUCAGGUGUUAUAUCUCCACUACUUGAGCUUUUGAGAGGUAAGAUCAGCUGGGUUGAACAAAGAGUCGCGGUUCGAGCUCUCGGUCACCUCGCAAGCUAUGAAGAAACAUUUGAAGCAUUAGCUUUGUAUGAGGAAGAGGUAGUUAACUUAUCUAUCCAAAUAGCCUCUACUUGCCUUGAAUUGAUAUAUGACGGCUUUGUGGGUGUGAAAGAGAGAAAGGAAAGGUUGAAGUAUCAUUGUGACUUGCUUACUAGAGGUGUUAGAGGAUUAGAUAUGGAGAACAGAAAGGCUGAAGAAUGGGGUAGUCAACUUCAAUGUUGGUCUCUCUAUCUCUUAAAUUGCUUUGCUUACAAAGGAAGAUCCCUAAAACUCAUUUGUAAGCAUGAAUUUUUAAGAGAUUUGUGUGGAAUGUGGGGUGGAUUGGUGAAUCACACCUCUCCUGCUGGGGUUGGACUAGUCAGAAUUUUGUGUUACAAUAAAUAUGGAAGAAAAAACAUAGCUGAAAUGAAGGAAGUUAUAGUGAAUCUAUGCAAUCUCGCAAGAUCAUCGGACGAUUGGCAGUACAUUGGAAUUGAUUGUCUUCUUAUACUUCUCAAAGAUCAGGACACAAGGUACAAAGUCAUGGGAGUAGCUACUUUGUUUCUUGUUGAUUUGGUUGAAAUUAUAAAUCUUGGAGAUAGAUCAAACCUAGGUGAAGCAAUCACAAGAGCACUCCUUUUGGACUACAAACAAAGAAAAAUGAAAUAUAGUACUAAUAUUGAUGUCCAAAAGGCACUAGAGCAAGUUUGGGAAUUGAAGGUAGAGAAGAGGAGAAAAGAGAGAUUGAUGUGUGAAGAAAAAGUUGAAGAAAAAAGGGUUUUAGUAGGUUUGAUUAAACAACAAGGAAACUACAUGUUUUGGUCAGGAGAUAUGGAAGGAGCAUUGAUGAAGUAUAGUGAAGCAUUGGAUUUGUGCCCAAUAAGGUUGAGAAAAGAAAGGAUGGUGGUUUAUAGCAAUAGAGCUCAGUGUCAUUUGCUGCUUGGAGACCCAGAUAGUGCUAUCAGUGAUUCAACUAGAGCUCUUUGUCUUUCAAACCCAACAAAUUCUCAUGGUAAAAGCCUUUGGAGGAGAUCACAAGCUUACGACAUGAAAGGUUUGGCAAAGGAGAGUUUGAUGGAUUGCAUUAUGUUCAUUGAUGGCUGCAACAAGAUUCCUCAUUAUGCUUCUCGGAUGAUCAGCAAGCAAAUGGAUGCCACUUGGCUUUUUUCGACUGCUCGGUCCAAAUCAAUGGAGAUUAAUCAAAUGAGAAGAGUACAACAAGAAUCAGACGGCGGUGACUGUGAGAGAAGCAAUGACGAAAUGAUGAAGACUAUGAUGGAGAAGAAAAGUUUCAUAUAUGAUCCUUUGAUCGCUAGGAGGGCAUACUGGAAAGUUGAGGAAGAUCAGAGAGCAAGAAAGCUAUUGGAGUUUGAUCAGAGUAAGCCUAGUCGUAUGCCUUCUAAAUAGAAAAACGGUUUACUGAUGAUGCAGAUUCAGCUGCUGCUUUUUUCAGGUCACAUGGAAGCAACUGGGUUUCAGUGAGCUUGCAUGCACUUGUGGGGGGAAUGUUGUUUUGGAGUUAGGACCACUUGAGCACAACAACAAUGAAAGAUGAAGAAGAAUCUAAACUAAGUUAAGCUGGGAAAAAAAAGAAGAAGAAAAGUUGUACCUUCCAUUCACAUGACUUACGGUUGUCCAUAACUCUUUCCCUUUUGUC